GCCCCGUCCACCACGCCCGCCCAUCUCAUUCUCGAACUCGAAGCCGACGUAGCAGCUUUGCUAAGCAUCUAGAGCACCGUCACAAUGGCCACAGACUACUGCCCCGUUUAUGCUCCCUUCUUCGGUGCGAUGGGCUGCACAUCAGCCAUCGUCUUCACCUGCUUUGGCGCUGCCUAUGGUACCGCCAAGGCAGGUGUCGGUGUCUCUGCUAUGGGUGUCCUGCGUCCCGAUCUGAUCGUCAAGAACAUCAUUCCCGUUGUCAUGGCUGGUAUCAUUGGUAUCUACGGCUUGGUCGUCUCCGUCUUGAUCUCGAACGAUCUGAAACAGGAAUCGUCGCUCUUCACCGGAUUCAUCCAAUUAGGCGCUGGGUUGGCCGUCGGUCUUGCUGGUAUGGCCGCCGGUUUCGCCAUCGGUAUCGUCGGUGAUGCCGGUGUGCGCGGAACCGCCCAGCAGCCCAGGUUGUUCGUCGGCAUGAUUCUAAUUCUCAUUUUCGCUGAAGUCUUGGGUCUCUAUGGUCUCAUCGUCGCCCUUCUCAUGAAUUCCCGAGGCAGCGACUACAAGUGCUAGACAGCUUCUCUCGACCGACGAUGGCAGCACACGGCAAGCUACACCUGCAAUCGACGGACUUGGCAUCGGAAUCAGUUGGACACGUAUCAUCUCGCACGACCCCGUUGGACACCUUAUGCUCGCAUGGCGUAUGCGGAAUGCUGGCCAUGUUGUAUGUCUAAAUUUGUGUAUUUUCUUUACAGUGCGGAGCCGGCACCGGAGGGGUUGGAGAGGCGGCAUAGGAGAGACAGUAGAUAAUGGACUCGAUGGACGGUAAAAUGCGAUCCAUUUGGCGGCGUGUAUUCUAGGGUCUUACCAUUUCCUUGUUUGCGCGUAGAAACGGAAUGCAUUAGUUCUCUCCUACAACGUCACUGGGAGCUGUGGUGGUGUCUUACGACGAUA